AUGCAUCGACGCUCACUUUUGGGAUGCCUCGCGCUCCUGUUGCCCGUCUUUGUCUCCGGCGUCCCUUCUCCCAGAAACCCCGUCGAGAAGCGUCAAGACUGUGUCUUUGACUCUGCUCUCAAUCCUUCCUGCUGGGAUGGCACCCACGAUCUCUCGACCAACUGGUACGAGGAGGCUCCCAAGACCGGGGUCGUCCGCGAGUACUGGUUCGAAGUCACCAACACCACCAUGGCUCCCGACGGCGUCGAGCGCAUGGUUCUGUCCAUCAACGGAUCCGUUCCUGGCCCGACUAUCAUUGCUGACUGGGGUGACACUGUUGUGGUUCACGUGAAGAAUUCCCUCCAGAACAACGGCACCAGCAUCCACUUCCACGGUAUCCGCCAGAACUACACCAACGAGGCCGACGGCGUUGCCUCCAUCACCCAGUGCCCAACUGCCCCGGGCGACUCCAUCACUUACACGUGGCACGCGUCCCAAUAUGGUAGCUCGUGGUACCAUAGCCACUUUGCUCUCCAAGCCUGGAACGGCGUCUUCGGAGGAAUAAUCGUCCGCGGUCCUGCUUCCGCCCCCUACGAUGAAGACCUCGGCACCAUCAUCCUCAGCGACUGGUUCCACCGCACCACGGACGAGCUCUACGAUGGUGCCGCCUCCUCCGGCCCUCCCACCGCGCAGACGGGUCUCAUCAACGGCGUCGGCAAGUACGGCGAUCUCGGCUCGCGCUUCACGACGGCCUUUGAGAGCGGCAAGUCGUACCGCAUGCGCCUCGUCAACGCCGCCAUCGACACGCACUGGAAGUUCAUGAUCGACAACCACACCCUCGAGGUCAUCUCGGCCGACUUCGUGCCCAUUAACCCUUACAACGUCUCGGACGUUUCCGUCGGCAUUGGCCAGCGCUACGACGUCGUCGUGCGCGCGAACCAGGCUGUCGGCGACUACUGGCUCCGCGCCAUCCCCCAGCUCGCCUGCAGCGAUAACGAGAACACCCUCGACAUCAAGGGCAUCGUGCGCUACGACUCGUCGUCGACAUCGGACCCGACGGGAGAGUUGGGGACGUACACGGACAGCUGCGCCGACGAGCUCAUGUCUAACCUGGUCCCCGUCGUGGCGAUCGAGGCCGGGCAGCAGAGUUAUGACGACACGCUCACUGUCGGUCUACAGGUCGUCGCCAGCCAGUUCAAGUGGACUCUGAAUAACAACACCUUCCUGUCCGACUGGGACUACCCGAGUAAGUGGCCGCCAUCCGUCAUUCGAUCGCGCCGCAUGCUAACAUGGGAAACCGCAGCUAUCGAGCAGGUCAUCGAAGGCAACGACACAUACUCGGUGCAGCAGAACAUUGUCCAUCUCGAUGAAGCCAACGUCUGGGUGCACUUCAUCAUCCAGAACCCCAUUGGUCUUACCCACCCCAUCCACCUCCACGGUCACGACUUCUGGGUCCUCGCCCAGGGCUCCGGCACGUACGACUCUUCCGUCGCGCUGCAGACCGUCAACGCCCCGCGCCGCGACGUCGCCAUGCUGCCGGCGUCCGGAUACCUCGUCAUUGGCUUCUACACCGACAACCCGGGCGUCUGGCUGAUGCACUGCCACAUCGGCUGGCACACUUCCCUUGGCUUCGCGCUCCAGCUCAUCGAGCGCCCGUCCGAGAUCGCCGCCCUCACCAACGCCGACACGGUGAACAGCACCUGCGCCAACUGGAGAACCUACGCCGAGGCGGAGUCGGUCCACCAGGAGGACUCUGGGGUCUAA